AUGGGACCAUGGCCACAAAGAGAUGACCUUUACCUCUCAGAUUGCAGCGUGCCAUUUCUUUCUACCCAUCUCUCUUUGCAUGUCUGUGACAGAACAGACCUCCAAACAAUGAGCUCCCUGACCAGCACCUCGCACCUCCAGCUGGCUGCCUUUGCUUUGGGUACAAUAGGCUGGAUCCUGUGCACCAUUUCCAUGGGACUUGUGGAGUGGAGAGUUUGGCAUGUGGACAACACCACCGUUAUCUCCUCUGGCAUUGCAUGGGUGGGGAUUUGGAAAGUCUGCUUCAUCAGUUAUCUUCAUGUCUCAUCUGGCUAUAAAGAACAGUUCUGUCAUAAAUUCAGUGGCUAUGACUCCUUCAUCCCCCAUGAAAUUUAUGUUGCCCAGGGUCUCCUGCUGAUCGCCAUGGUCAUGGGUUUGCUGGGACUGACAGCCACAGUAUUUGCUCUGAGAAAUAUUUAUAUGGGAAUCAGCCACAAAACUCUCAUCACCCAUUUCUUCCUGCUGGGUGGCUUCUUCUACAUAUUUGCUGGUCUGUGUGUCCUGGUUCCAGUGAGCUGGAACUUCUAUUCCAUAGCACACAACCAGAGCAUCGCUUUUCCUCCCUCUUACUACAUGCCCUCCAGCCCCACGGCACAGGAAGUCGGUGCUGCCAUUCCCAUUGGGAUCAUAGCUGUCAUCUUGCUGCUGCUGAGUGGGACUUUUUCUCUCUCCUACAGAUUUCCUAUAACCACAAACACAGUCUUGAAAUCCUGA